CGUGGCUUGGCGCACGACCAAGUGCAGCUGCUGUGGCGUUACCCCACAUCGUCGUCCACAUCCAGUGGUGUCAUGCAGUCUGCGGAGGUCAUGCAACAGGGACAAAGUGCUGCGAUGCGCGACUCCCGGGCCUCGGGGCUCAUCACCCUUGAUGCGAUGCUUGCGAUGCUUGCGAUGCUUUAAGAAGACGCAUCCCCGCACUACUUCCACUCUCCCCCAUCAGCCCUUCUCUCGCCCCCCCACACCCCUCCUCCCCGCCCUUUGCAAAGAUGCAACACGCUUCGCACAUCGACUCUCGCGGGUCGCAAGACAUCAAGUACGAGCAUGGUGACCACCUCACCGGUACCCUCUCUCCCAACUCGGUCGAGUCCAACGUCCUGGCCGUCCACCCAGAUGAAGGCUUCGACGAGUCCGAGAUCAAGAGCAUCCGCAGAAAGAUCGACUGGCGUCUGGUCCCUCCCCUCGCCGCCCUCUAUGCCAUGUCCCUCAUCGACCGUACCAACAUCUCGCUCGCUGCUCAGGCCGGCAUGUCGCGUCAGCUCAGGCUCACCAUCGAGGACAGGUACGCCCACGCCGUCCUCGCCUUUUUCCCUCCCUACAUCGCAUUCGAGCUCCUCUCCAACAUUGGACUGCGCAAGGUCGGCGCUCGCUUCUGGCUGCCCAGUGCAGGCGUUCUCUGGGGAAUUUCAAUGCUUGGUAUGGGCUUUGUCAACAAUCACCAAGGCCUCAUUGCCUUGCGAGCCCUCGUGGGCCUCUUCGAAGCAGCUCUGUUCCCCGGAGCCACCUUCCUCUUGGGAUGCUGGUACCUCCGCCGUGAGCUCGCCUUCCGUCUCACAGCCUUCUACCAGGUCGGUGUCUUUGCCUCUGGUAUCGCCGCCAUCCUCGCCUACGGCUUCUCCCUCGUACGCACGGGCACAAUCGCCGGCUGGCGCUGGAUCUUCAUCGGAGAGGCUUUGAUUACCAUCGCUCUCGCUGUCCCCGGCUACUUCCUCAUCGUAGACUUCCCCUCGUCGCACCGCUGCACCUUCCUCAACGAGCGCGAGAAGGAGAUUGUCGCUACCCGCCUCCAACGCGACCGUGCCGACGCCGUGCCGGACAGCCUGACCUGGGGCAAGCUUGGCAAGUACGUCAUCGACCUUAAGCUCUGGGGCUACGCUCUGUGCUUUGGCUGCACCACCCUCGCCUCGUACGCUCUCUCGUACUUUGCCCCGCGCAUCAUCGCCUCCCUUGGCAUUGCCACGGCAGUACGUGACAUCUACGCGCUCGUCAUCCCUCCUUACGUCGCCGCCCUCCCCUGGGGUCUCCUGAUGGCCAAGAUCUCUGACAAGACUGGCAGCCGUCUCCCCAUUAUCAUGUUCAACGCCUGCCUCGCUCUCCUCGGCUGUGGUCUCUUCGCCUUCCUGCCCGCCACCAAGGGUGCCGGACGCUACGUCGGUCUCUUCAUCUGCGCCGCCGCUGCCAACUCCAACGUGCCCCUCAUCUCGGCCGCCUCGCAGUCCAACAUUAGGCGACAGAGCAAGCGUCUUUACACCAGUGCCAUCGUCGUCGGCUUCGGUGGCUUGGGCGGUAUCGUCUCUUCGCUCGUCUUCCCGGAACGUGACGCACCCCUCUACCGCUUCGGAAUGAUCUUCGUCAUGGGAGCGCAGGCUCUGGUCUUUGUCAUCUCGGGAAUGAUGGCGAUUUACUUCAUGGCAGCGAACCGUGCCGCAGCUCGUGGCACUCGCAUCAUCGAAGACCAGCCGGGAUACCGCUACCAGGUGUAAAAAGGCACAACUCGCUGCGAUCCACCCCGUUACCACGUCCCCUCUACCUGUUACCCUACUGUACUGCUUGCUCCGUCA